AUUCCCACGGUUCCCAAAUUAUCGCGAUUUCUACACGCAGGCGAUCGUUGCGCCCUCCGGCGUCAACAAACUCCUCCGCGUCCAUGGAGGAAGGUUGGAGUGGCUUCGGUGAGUGUGGGAAUCUCGCAAGCUGUCGAGGCGGGGCUGUGCGAAGAGGCGGUAUGGGAGAGGAGGUCGCCGGCGCGCUGCACGGCCGCCGGCGGCGGCGUGAGCCGCGUGCGGAAUCGAUCGCGUGUGCGUGCUGCGUCGAGAGUGCGUGCAUGCGUCAUGGGCCGUGAGUGGAGAAUGUUGACUCACGCGCAUCGGGCUUCCUUUCCCCGGCGCAGCGGUGGCGGCGGCGGAGGAGGCGCGGCGGCGGCGACGACAACAUGUCCUCCGGCGAAGAAGCGGUGGCGCCAUUUCACGGCACCUUCACGAAGGACAUUCUCUACGAACUGCACCGACGACAGCCGCACCGAUUCCACUUCAUGACAAAAUUCAACGCCAAGAGCGCCUCGUGGAAGGACUUCGAGCUGGUGGUGCUCGACGGUGAACUGCGAGACUUCGCGCGAUGCGUGCACUGCAAGAACUUUGUCUCCUACUCGAGCAAAAAGGGCACCGGGAGCAUGCUCAGGCACCGGUGCCACGCCAAGGAGUCGUACUUCACAGCAGAGGAACACAACCGCUUUCGUGAGAUGGAGCUGUUCAUGCGGACGACGCCGCAGCCGCUGCCAAUGCUGGGCGGCCUGUCGUCGCAGUUCCUGCCGCGCAUCAAGGUAGAGCUGCCGGAGCCGCCGGAGUCGCCGCUGCGGAGGCUAAACACCGACUGCGGCGGCAGCGGUACCUUCGGCAACAACUGCGACGACAGUCCGCUGGACGUGCGGAUCCACCCGCGCUCUCCGAACGGCAGCGCCAGCAACAGGUGCGCCAGGGGCUCAGCCAGCUUGGGCGGCGCGCCCGUGGUCGACAACGGGGAGGUCGAGGAGAUCGUCGCCAACGUCGAGCUGGCCGACGACAGCACGGGCGGUGAUGUGCUCGAGGACCGCAACAACUGCACGCCCCACGCGGCCACAGCGGCCGCCGGCGGCGCCAGGAUGCCGUACGCGGCGGCAGCCCGCGCGGUCGCCGAGCGGCAGCUGGUGGAACUGCAGCGGCUGCACGCCGAGGAAGAGCACAAGCUCAAGGUCGAGCUGCUCAAGAAGCAGCACAUGGUGGCCGACCUGCAGAGGAAGUACUGGCGCAUGAAGGUGAAGGCGCUCGCCCAGAAGGCGGCCUCGUCAUCGUCCUCGUUCCAACCGAGUGAGAACAAGUCCGUCGACGAAGAGGACUCGGACUCGCCGGACUGACGGGAUAGCAGGCGUAUAGCGUGCACGUUCGACUGGGCCUUCUCUUCCAAUUUUGUGCGUGCGUGUUCGCGCAUGUGUGUACGUUGUCGACACGCCGCGACAUCUUUUCUUCCACGCAGUGCCAUGCGAACACACUGUAGUUUUGCUCAUGCAUGCUCGACGACUGGUCAUAACUGUGAGAGCGCAGCGGUUUAUGUUAAUUAUCAUUUCUUGUUUCUAUCUGCCCGUUUUUCUUCUUUAGCAGUUCGCACUUGGCGCCUCGUCAGCAAGAGCACCUGGUGCUCCGUGCUUCGUUUGGUUCAUGUUCAAGUGCCGCGCGAUCUGUACAGUACGGGAUAGCGUUCUGCGUGUCGUUCAACUUAUGAACCAUCCUUGUGGUUCAUAAGUUGACACGUUCAUGGAGGUAGCCCAGCAGCUACUGAGUGCAACUAAGUACUGCCGAUCUACGUGGGUUAGUGCAUGUAAGACGCGAAAGCGGCAGCUGUAGCUAAGGAAGAACUUGCACAUUACAACCUUCGCGCUAAGGUAUACUUCUUCCAUCUGCUAGUCACCUGCUUCAAAACACGUGAGCUUGAAGUUAAGGUACGAGAGAGACUGCUGGGUUUGUUUUGGUUGCAGUCUUCCAUUGAGCGGAAACUAUAGGUCCUGCCUACUGAUUAUGCAGUGUACAUAAGUACCAUUGCCAAGGAAUCAUAUAUGGCCGUAUACGUAUUUCGAGUAGCCGGUGUGUCACAGGCGAAGUUGUCGCGGCGACUUAAGAGGUGUUUUGCCAACCGUCCUUUGCGAGAGGACAGCUUGACUUUGACGCAGAGAUCAAAGUCAUUUCUGCUUGCGAUUUGUAGUUUAUGUAAGCAUUAUAAUUCUGCAGUAUUCUCUCCUUCCCAGGGGUUCGACGUGUGUGGCCAGUAAAUACGUAUUUUGAAUGCUAAUUUAAGACACAGCGCUUCCUGUGAAACCGCAUUUGGGGCCUUUAGUCCUCUUGUUAGCGUCAUAAUUCCUUUUCCCCUCUCCUCGUUGGAGGGUAGCCAACCAGAUGCUUCUCUCGUUAAUAUCCCUGCCUUCCUUUGGCCGUUAUCUUCCCUGUGUUGUCUCCUGGAAGGAAGAACUUAAGUGUGCCUUCUAAAUAGUCAUCUCAGCUCUUCAAGCCCAUUUUUCACAGGCGGUGAGAAUAAGCAAGACAUGUGAUGCAGCUUUCAGCAAGCGGACCGUGUUUCUUUCCUAAUUAGUCGCGUUAAAUUAUGGCUUUUUCUUACGUUAAGUUUGUUGCGGGCUAAAUAAUGAGGUCUGGUACGUGCUUGGCUUGAAGAUGCUGAGCUUGAUCUAGCAAUGCGAGAGCUCAGGUUGCGAGACAGUUACAACCCUGUUUGGUUGUUCGAUAAAAAUAUACAUGUACGUAAAAGAAUUCCACCGCCUCCUGGUGUCUUUUCUUCUUUAUUCCUUCCAAGGAGGCAAGCGAUUUGGAAAGCAGAAUCCUGCUGCGAGUAGGCCACGCAGAUAGUUCAUGGUGACGACAUCGGCUGCUCUCCUGUACUAAACUGACUCCUAGACGUCUACGGCCGCUUAUCUUUCAACAUUGCCUCGUUCGAAAUCUGUUCUUUAUUCUUAUUUUGCUUGUUGUUCGUCUGUUGCGGCCACUGCAAAUUAAAUUGUGAGCGGAAGCGACCCAGUGAUGAUAAGGCACUAUACCAGUGCUAAGUGCAAAACAUAGUGCAAUCCAGCUUGGAACCUCACGUAUUUUUUUGCAGUAGAGAUUCACAGGUGAUAUUCGAUGGCGUUUUUUUUUUCUUUCUGAGGAGUGUGCGUGAGAAUUUGCGAGUGCAUCUCAACGGCCCUCGCAAUAAGCCGUCUGAAGUAGCACUCGCUCGUUUGUCAGAGCUCUGCAGAGCUUCCAGUCAAAGUUUGUGCCAAUUUUUAAAACCUGUUGUAUACUACUACCCAUUGUGCUCCACGUUUGAGAACUGGGCAGAAUGUGACGUCGAAGAAUGCUUGCGAACUUCAUCUUCAUUCUCGUGUGAAUGACCUUGCGCCGCUAAUGCACAGGCGGCUAUGAAUGAAGCGCGGAAUACGCAAGCUUUCGCUAUCAGCGCCCAUUCUUCCAUACGCCGUUUCAUGCUUGGCAGGCGACGCUAAUCAGAGCUAGACGGACUUGUCUCACUUCUAGCGUACGCGACCAAAAAUUAGUGCGUGGCAUAUAAACGAAAUAUUAGGGCAUACGUCACGCAAUCCAUUGGAAUUGGAAAUCCUGUACUUAUCUGUUUUAUAUGUCGCGGAAUAAUUACACAGAGGGUGUCGCAGAUCUGGGCGUAUUUACCACCGAAUGAACGGAGUUGCAUGUUUCUGGGACCAGUGACCGAAGCGCAGCGCUUGCGCUCGCGACCGAAACAUAGUGCGUGACGUACUGGACAUGCAAGCGUAAACAAAUUACACAUAACCUAUGGCUAUACAAUUUUCGUUUGUAAUGCAUGAAGUCGUAAUUCUGUAGAAUGCGUCGCAGAUGAAGUACAACUCGCACUGCGAAACGAGCGGAGUGAGACAAUUUUAUGACCGCACUGCUUGCGUUGCUCCCGCAUCGCCUGCCAGGUUUAAAAUGGAGUACCGAAUGCGCGCUUUCUGCCACCUUCAGCUGCAAUGUAGCACCCACAUGUGCCAUAUACGCCAAUUUGUGAUUGUAAUCUGUCACCGCCUAUUAAUGCUUGCGAGCUGUCUGGUGUUUGUGGGAAGCGCGCUUCAAAUUACGAUAGGCUGAAUAGCCGCAGUGAUUUUUCAUUGCCAAACUAUAUCGUCAACAGUGAAAGAAACUGUCUAUGUGUGAAGUUGUGUACGGUAAUCGGUCAAAUAAGCCGAUUUCCAAUUUCUAAAGCGUUUAGCGUUGGAGUUCUAGGGUAACGUUGGUCGUACGCAAUUUAGCGUCGCGGAAGCGUUUGCGGGUAAUGAGUUCACUGUGUGUUUACUCAUAGUGGUUUUAUGUUUUCUGAACUUCACUUUAACUUAGGAGUUUCCGGAAUCUAAAUAGCUGCAACGGCAACACGAUCUUACGUAAUUCUGAACAGUAGCGCAAAGAAGCACACGGACGGCGGCGGAUCAAGACGGGACGUAGCGCUUUGCCCCGUCUUGAUCUAUCGCCGCCCGUGUGCUUCUUUGCGCUACUGUUCAGAAUUAUUCACUACCAACUAGCCCACCAGUCUGUCCUUUUGAACGAUCUUACGCCCGUAUUUCUGUGCAGAUAUGAAAUGUAUAUUGUGAUGUGCGUAGAAACAUACCCUAAUGUUUUUUACACGCUCCGCAGCUUGCGUUUAAUUUGGUAGCCGAGGUCUAGCACAAGGUUUAUGGGACAUCCCAUUACCAUUGAAUGACAUUCAAAGUACCGCAGGCAGGCACUGAAAGGGCGCCUUAGAGAAAAAAUGAAUUAAAGUUAAAGUGGCAAAGUAAUUUCUCGAAAUUUUGUUUGAAUUAGUUUCCCGCCAAAGGGUUCGUUAGUAGUAGGCAAAGUGAAGGCUGAACUUUCUUCAAAACUGAACACGAGCGCACGAAAACAGUGUGUCUACGCGAUGGCGGGUUUCAGUGUACUUUUUCUUACUCGUGCCUUUUUCGCACAAGAAAAGUUCGAAAGGCGCAUUGGGCUGAAAAACAGUAGAAAUUGUAGUGAACUGCAGUCACAUAAAACGAACAGCAUUUCACAGUCUGAGGUACUGCUCUGACCACAGCCGCGGGGUAACCUUGUACGACAGACGCUCAGAUAAUCUUAAAGCGGGAUUGAUAGCGAAUGAAAUACGGGAUCGUUUAUGCCUUUUUUGCCAAUGCUCAUUGCAAUGUGCUGUAUGUACUGGUAAAAUACAAAAUGGUGCGUAACCACGAUAGAAGGACUCGAGACUGAACAGAAAAGGGCGUUCUAUCUCGAGUGCUUCUAUGAUGGUUACGCGUCUCUUUGUAUUUCAAUGAGCAUGUACCAACUAGCCCAGCAACAAGUAUCGAAUGCGCUGUCUCUCAUGGAUGGUACUCACUGCACCAAUGAACAACACAUUAGUGAACACCGAGUUUUCGAGUAAUUGUUCUGGACAUCUGGCAUGACGACAACAGUUUUAGGCGCCCGUUGCAGACUUUUAACUCGUUCAACAAUAUUGAUAUUCGUCUUAGGUUCGGAAUCUCCUACGACUCUCCUUAACGCCAUUUCGUGGGUUUCUCUGUAUUUUCCUCACUGGUUUAUGUCCUGCUGCAACUGUGUCACUGAAACAUAAGGAAUCACCGACAUUGUCGGAAAAUGUGCUGCAUUCGGCUGGGUCCUCGAAUUCAUCUUCGCAGAAAACAAACAGCGGAUGCCCAUUUUUGCACUACCGAAAGUCCAUGACUAACUUAUGCGACGCUGCGCGAAAGUUUUCCAGCUUAUGAUUGACGUUAGCGUAUUGAUCCACAUUCUGCGUUAUAAGACUCAUAAAUGCCGAAAGCUGCCUCCAAAGCGCUGUGGAACGAGAACUGAAUGUGUAGUAAAUAUUUGCGAAUGCAGUUAACAGUUUUGAAAUGGCGAUAUUACAACGUGAGGGAUGGAGACAGUGCCAUAUUUGUUAUAUGCUUAUACCAGUUUAAGGCCUUCGCACAACCAAGACAUACAUGUGAUGUUCUGAAGUUAGAGCAGCGCGUAAUCUCGAUGCGCAAGGCAAGAACGCUUGAACUCAGUGCGCAUGCUCUAUAAUUUCAUGCACGUCGCAUUCAAAGAUGUAUGCACAAUUAUGCAGCACUGUUUAAGCAACCUAAGCACUUUACUGUCUUCAGAGCGAAAACAUAGGCAUUGCCAUCUUACCUGUGUCAAAGAUGUGAAAUACUGGGUGCCAAAAGUUGACUUUUUUAAACUUACAAAUCUUUCAUUGUUUUUUAUUUCUCUUUGGCUUCACAUUGAGCGCACGUCCGUUGUACGCACAUCGACCUUAAACACAGAAAUGAGUCGCCGUAACAAUUUCUACUCGUCCUAUACUUAACUCCACUUAGGACGUUUGGAUGCUUCUCAAAAAAGGGCGUUACGUGCCACAGUGGCUAAUCGCGUUGGUCGUGUCACGUAAAGGACUAGGAUAAUUCGCCGAACUACAGUUAUACGCAGGACAAAAUGCUGCUAACGCAAAAGGGAUCGCCACUAUUCACCUUCGUCUAAACGUAUCGGCGUGAAAUGCUCACGUUCAUGCAUACAGCUUCAAUUGUGGCAUUUAUCGCCACCUCAUCACGGUCAUGGAUGCAACGCAUUUAUUUUUAACGGUGAUACUGCUGUUGGUAGAAAUAGCUUGAUCACGUCAUUUUUGUGUGAAGAAAUACUAGUAGGUGUCACCAUACCGUAUGACGAGUAGCGGACUUAUGACGAGGCUACAUUGCAGCUAAAUUUUUUUCUGAAACAAUACUUCCUAUUCGUCUAGGUGCGCUAUUUCCCCACAAGGUAUGAUGAUCAAUCACCACCUAGCCGAGCUUUCAAGCCUAUUGAACGAUUGAGAAAUACUAUAUAGGCUUAAGUUAAUCGUCACUCAGGCUAGUCUUCUCGCAAAUCAGCCUCUAGCUUAAUGAGUUCGCGAGUUUCUUGCUUGCAAGGUUUACGAAGAAUUCCACCGCCUCCUGAUAUCUUUUCUUCUUUAUUGCUUCGAAGGAGGCAAGCGAUUUAGAAGGCAGAAUUCUGCUGCGAGUAGGCCACGCAGAUAGUUCAUGGUGACGACAUCGGCUGCUCUCCUGUACUAAACUGACUCCUAGACGUCUACGGCCGCUUAUUUUUCAGCAUUGCCUCGUUCGAAAUCUGUUCUUUAUUCUUAUUUUGCUUGUUGUUCGUCUGUUGCGGCCACUGCAAAUUAAAUUGUGAGCUGAAGCGACCCAGUGAUGAUAAGGCACUAUACCAGUGCUAAGUGCAAAACAUAGUGCAAUCCAGCUUGGAACCUCACGUAUUUUUUUGCAGUAGAGAUUCACAGGUGAUAUUCGAUGGCGUUUUUUUUUUCUUUCUGAGAAGUGUGCGUGAGAAUUUGCGAGUGCAUCUCAACGGCCCUUGCAAUAAGCCGUCUGAAGUAGCACUCGCUGGUUUGUCAGAGCUCUUCGCGUACACGCGCAGGCUUGUGUCGUCUUCUCGAGGAGCGAAUGGCGCUUUCGCACGCGCUCCUCCGUAGUUUGGUUUGCUGGUCACGCUACCAAGCUGGUCCGACCGGCACGCGUGUCCCAGUCUGGUCUUCGGUAUUGUGCCAAGGUCGUCGCUGCAUAGGCCGAUUUUUUCUCUCGCUUUUGCAGUGCACCGAUAUCUUCUAAUGUUUUCUCUAUAAUUUUUGGCUUUCUCGAUCUUGUGAUGCAUUCUCUACAUCCUGCCACACUGCUAUUGCUUCGAGAUCUUUCGACAUCCUAUGCUGGCCAUAUUUAACACUAUCGUAUCGGGUCCGUUUUUUUUUGUUUUCUUCGUUUCUUGCCUGGCCUAGUGAAGCAGGAUGUCGAAAUUUAUUGCUGUGGGUCAAAGGUGUAUGUAUGUGUGUCUGUGUGUGUUUGAAUAUGUGCGCUUGAAUACGAAACUGUCAUUUUAUUUGUUUUUCGCAAUUAUAAGCGACGAAUGCGAAUGAGUGUAUAAAUAAAAGGAGUCACGCGUGCUUUUCGAGCCUGCGGCGACUUACUCUGUGAUCUCACAUUGUUACUGUGCCAAAUGAUGCUCACUUUUUUUAAAUAACUGCUGUACAUAAAAGGAGAAAUAUAAACGCCUUUUUUU